ACGUAAUCUAUGCGAACGACGGCGAAGCAACCUGGAAGGCAACUCGAUCGAUUUUUCGGCCUCGGUCGGACCAUCCAAAUUCCACCCCCUUUUUCAACCCCUUACGCAUGCGUUCGCUCCCGUUUAUACCUCCCUUUCCGUUCCCCGUCAACAUAAACGCACACACGCGUGCAUGUUUCUCGCCAUCUGUUCAUCGCUGAUAGGCGGUGUGCAACGCGCAAGACGAGGCGCGAUUAGCAACGUCGACGAAGCCAAACCAGUGCUUCUUGCCUCCUUUGUCAGGACGGUUCGCUUCUCUUGGCGGGCAGGAGAAUCCCGAGGUGGUCGAUCGAGGUCGCCCCUCGAUAAUCGCGUGGGCGCGACGCGUAUCUCGGAGGGAUCUCGGAAGUUUUCGGCCUCGUCCCUCCUUUCUUUUCCUCCCCGGUGAGUCUAUUUUCACGACGAACAUCCGGACAUCGCGCUCUCGACCCUUCCCUUCUCUCCUUCCGAUCCCCCGUUUCCUCGGCCGGUUUUUUUCGGCGAUCGUCAUGAGAGCAAGAGAGCGCGUCGAGGCGGCAUCGGGAAUUAGACUCGCCAAAAAGUGAGAUCGAUGCGCGAAAACGCACUCGUUCGCACGCGCGUGCACAAAUCGCGAUAUCCCCACGUACACGUGUCGAAAGAAAGAUACAUGUCAGCGUAUUUGCGCGAACGGAAAGACGGAACCGGGGAGAGACAGCGAGCGAGAGAAUAUCGAGGGACAGAGCGCCGGACGGACUAAGGGCAUGUCAGUGCACACACAAUACCAGUUUUUGUGGCUUUGGAUUUAUUAACUUGCAAAAUAAGGAAUCUUUUGGCAUUAGACAAAGUGUGGAUAGUGUGCGGUAUCUCUGUCCUUUACGCGCAUGCCAUCGUUUUUCGACACUUUCUUUCCUACACAUCAGUUACGAUCUCUGUGUUUGGACCUGAGACUUCAAUUUAUUAUUGAAAUUGAUAAAAACAGCCAUAUCAAUUUUCUGGACGUUUCCACCAUAAUUAAUGAGGAAUUUAUUGAGUUUGAUUGGUACACUAAAUCAACUCUUUUAGGUACUGCGUAAAAUUUGAAACACAUAUCAAAAUGGGAACAACGAAUGCACAAACCAAUUCGGGACACGCACACGAUGAGACUCACUCGAGAGGAAGUUCAAUCGACACAUUCUUCGCUGAAACGGUGAUCUUUGUAACGGGUGCCACUGGUUUCUUAGGGAAAGCCCUCCUGGAGAAGCUGCUGCGCUCGUGUCCUCGUGUGGCUACAAUUUUCGUUUUAAUCCGUCCAAAAAGAAGUCAGUCUAUCGAAGAACGCUUCAGGAAACUACUGGAAAAUCCUGUUUUCGAUAGAAUACGAUCGGAAUUUCCUGGCGCCUUAAAUAAGAUCUUCCCCGUUAAGGGCGACGUGGGCAUGCCGGAACUGGGACUUCAGCCCGAAGACAAGGAUAUGUUAAUACAGCGAGUUAACAUUGUUUUUCAUAGUGCAGCCACCGUGCGUUUUAAUGAGCCGUUGAAAGUAGCCGUUAAUCUAAACACAAGAGGCACUGAACGUAUGCUAGACUUGUGUAGGCACAUGACGAACCUUAUUAGCGUCAUUCACGUUAGCACGGCCUACAGUAACGCCGAUCGACGAGAAAUUGAGGAAUCGAUAUAUACCACGGAGAUAAAGCCGUACACAGUAAUCGAUAUGUGCGAAAAUUUGGAUGACGAAACGAUAGGAAUAAUAGAGAAAAGAUUAAUCGGUAAUCAUCCAAAUACUUAUACGUUGACCAAAGGUUUAGCAGAGCAGAUUGUGCUGUCCAAGGGAAGCGAUUUACCAAUCGCGAUCGUACGACCGAGUAUAGUUUGCGCAGCAUAUCAAGAACCAUUUCCAGGAUGGGUAGAUAAUGUUUGCGGUAUUACAGGUAUAAUGACAGAGAUAGGUAGAGGUACCAUUAGGAGCAUCAUAUGCAACGCAAAUUUAGUAGUAGACGUUGUACCUGUCGAUUUUGUUGUCGAUACAUUAAUAUGCGCGUCUUGGUAUAACGCUACGCAACGUUCCGAUACGAUAAAGAUUUAUAAUUGUACCAGCAGCUCAUUGCAUCCAAUCACAUGGCGUGAAUUCGGACAUCUUACGAGGAAGCACGCUAUAGAAUCUCCAUCGAAAUACGUCAUGUGGUAUCCAGACUUUACGUUUAGAACAAACAAAUUCAUUCACACUAUCAUGGUAGCUAUGUUGCACUUCUUACCUGCAUUUAUCGUAGAUCUUAUAUUAAGGGUCCAAGGUUGUAAACCUAUAAUGAUGAAAAUCACCAAACGUUUCGAGCGCGCCGCUAAAACUGGAGAGUUCUUCGCGAUGAACGAAUGGAAAUUCUGUGCUGAUAACAUGACGAAGUUAGUGAAAUUUGUAAGAGCGUCGGGUGAUUGUGACGAUUUCAACGUAGAUAUCAAAAGUUUAGAUUGGGAUACGUACUUACAUCAAUACAUGUUAGGAAUUAGAAAAUAUAUUUUGAAAGACAAUCCAGAUACGUUAAAUAAUGCCCGAAAUCGUUUAUCGAAAUUGUAUUGGAUGCAUAAAUUAACCAAAGUAUUCAGUAUAUUCAUGUUAUUAGGAAUGAUCAAGUGUGCCGGUCGGUGAUGUCAUCGAGAAAUUAUACGAAAGCUUUUGGAUCACAAUUCUAGGAACACUGUAAAAAUAUUAUGGAAAAUAUUUUAGGAAAGAGGAACAUAUAACUUUGUAGUACUAAACUGUUAUCAAGUAACUAAUUUACUAAUUUACUAAUUAAUCAGAUAUUAAUGGGAAGGAGAGGAGGAAAAAAAGGAAAGGUAGUUCAAAAAAUAUAAUUUUGAAAAGCGUAAAUGUAGAACGAUUGUAAAUACUAUAGAAUCUUUGUUUAAAACAUUUUCUCACAUAUCUCUCACAUAUUUUGUACGAUAAUUAUUAAGUUAGCUUCUUAAAGAUCCUACAAUUGACACGUACAAAGAAUGUUAUGUCUCUUAUUUUGUGUUAUUCUAUCAAGACAUAUACAUAUACAGAGAAUUCAAAGAUCAAAGAUGAAAAUUUGCAAACAUUUCCUUGUAUUAUAUACAGGGUGUCCCAUUUUAUUUUUGUCAGUCAAAUAUCUCGAUUUUACUUAGAGUUAGAAAAAAAUGUUUCAGACAAAAGUUGUAUGGCUUGAAGGGGGCAAAAGAUGAUGUCAUUGAUUUGACCACAAAAAAUCGUUUGAAGAUUACGUGAACGUCACUUUCAAUUUUUUAAAUGGAACCUACUCUGUCAUUACAUAUUUUUAUAGCUUAUCUCGAAAGC